CAUCGUGUGGCACCCGCAUUACAUGGAAUUCAACUCUGUGCUGAUGGUUGAUUUGAUGCGUCGUAUUUUUUAACCUAACACUUUUCUGGUCGUCGAAAGUUGUUUAUAUAUUAUUUUAUGGUCGAAAUAUUUUUUCGACAAGAAUGUCUACACCAAACAAAAUAAUUACUGAAAUAUUCACACCAUUUCAAGACUACAUAAACGCUGAACAAGAUAUUAGAGAGGAAAUAAGAAAAAUAAUGAAAGACAUAGAAAAACCUUUGAGGGAAAUUACGACUAUAUUGCAAGUCAUUCAUCGUGAACCAAAUUGUGAACAAUUAAAUGCAGCCUGUCUAAAUGCCAGACAAAUAUUUGAGGAAGUGAGGCAAGGAUAUGCAGCUCUUGAUAACAUCAUACCUGCCAAUCAGUAUUACCGAUAUAAUGAUCACUGGAGGUUUGCUACACAGAGGCUAUGCUUUCUAGCGGCUUUGGUUGUAUUCAUAGAGACUGGAAUAUUAAUAAGCAAGGAAACAGCUGCAGAAAUACUUGGAAUAAACGAUAAGGCCAAUAUUCAUUUAGACCUUGAAGAUUAUCUAAUGGGAAUCUUAAACAUGGCUUCAGAAUUGGCAAGGUUUGCUGUAAAUUCGGUGACAUUCGGCGACUAUGAACGACCGCUCCAAAUAUCCAAAUUUGUAGCACAGCUGAAUGCUGGUUUCAGACUACUGAAUCUCAAGAAUGACUCUCUGAGAAAGAGGUUUGAUGCGUUAAAGUAUGAUGUUAAGAAGAUUGAAGAAGUAGUGUAUGAUCUGUCUAUAAGGGGUCUAUCCCAAAAUACGGCAGCUGGAGAUUCGGGUUCCAAUAAAGAACCACAAGAGUAAUAUUUAUUUUUAAGUGAGAAGAUACAUCAAGACUGAAGCAACAUUCAGUGAAAUAUUCUAACUGGAAUCUCAUAAUGUUUAAGUUCGUCGUGGUUUCAUGGUUUUUUGUAUGAUUUAAUAGACUUUCUUAAAAAAUGUAACAUGGAUCUGUUUUAUUUGUUACCAACAACUUAAUAAAAUACAAACCACCUGCAUAUACC